AUGCCUUCGUCGAUAGAGGGCUGGCUGCAUCUUACUCCUGAAAAGAAUGAGGCGAUCUUGGAAGUUAGGCCUAUGACAUUGCAAGCUCUACCAGACACUGAACCGCAAGAACGGCUGGAUCUCGCAGACACGUCAUUCCAAGCGGCUUCGUUGGCCCCGGGAGAGAUUUGGGUACUCCUGGACCUCGACCAAGAACGAUGGAAAAGCUACACAAAAUUUACGCUCCGGAUCUCCUGGCCGGCAUCGCACCCAACCGACUUCAGAAUAACCAUCGACUCUCCUGGGUCCAGCUCCUCCUACCCUAAUCCCGACACAACCGUCCGGAGACUCCCCUCCACCCGUAUCAAGUUCGCGAAAAUAACCCUUGUGCAUACGGGUGUGCCAACUCCUCCCCGAACCAACCAGUCCUUAGAACCGGUUCCAUUUAUUAUCAUGCUCGAACCGCUACAGCUUGGAAUCAUCCCAGCAUCGGUGACGCCCAUCCUAUUGGGACUCAUCCCAUUAAUCUGCGUUGCUAGCCUCCUCGCUGGCAGAGCCUACAAAUACAUGGACACACUGGCACGCGAUAUCGCCGAAGACGUCAAAGCCAAAGACGAAUAGCUCCAGCGCCUUCCUUCAUCCCAUCCGCCCACUCAUAGCAUACGCAUAAAUAAACAUAUUUUACUAUCACAAAACACCUUAAGCAACCGCCUCCAUCUCACUUAGCGCCGUCGCCCCAAGCCACGCAAGCACGAUCUCCACCCGCGGGCCGUGCAUCGGUAUAUUGAUACUAACGCCUUUCUUCCCCCCCUUCGCCUGCUCCCUCCGUUUCUCCUC